CUUUUAAGAAUCUGUCAAAAUAAUUUGGCAAGCGUCUGUCUGAUUGAAAUAAAGUUAUUGCAAUAAUCACUGUAAAUUUGGUCAUAUAAAUGACAUCUGAAGCGCGUUUAAGAUGAUGGAUUGUUUAAGAUCGCAGGAGUCUUCGAGCGUAAAUAACAGCCAUUCCGGUAGAUAUCGAACAUUUUCUGAUGGCGCAAUAUCCCCAACAGGGCCAACUGACCACGCUUUGGACAUGGCCGGUUCGGACAUGGCCGGAUACACUGAGCUGCUGCAGGGCAGUGUCCCGUGCCCCACAUGCCGGGGAGUGGGAAGCAUACCGAAAGGUGGUUGUAAUUUCAGACGAACAAGAAGGCAUGUUGGUAGCUUUGAUUCCGAUGAAAGACAGUCGUCUGAGGCCAAGGAGAACGCACAUCUGGGUCUGCUUGGCUGUGUUUGUUUCUCUGACAGUUGCCGGACUCCUCAUCUUCUUCAUUCUGCCGCGCAGUGUUAACAUAACAACCACUCAACCCUACCUUGACCCAGUGGGACCUGUGUAUAUAAAUGUUCCAGAGGGUGUAGUCACCUUCAAGUUACGUAAUCGAUUCAAUGUGAGCAAUCAAAACUAUUUCGAGAUUACAGUGAAUAGUGUUUUAAUGACUGUACUGUAUGAUACCAAGGUGUUAGCAGAAACAAAGAAUACAUCAUUAAUAGCUAUCCCUAUGCGAUCAAAUCGCCUGUACAAUGUGGAUAUUGGAAUAACAUUUGACAGAGCAAAUCAAAUGGAUUAUAUGGUGUAUUCAUGUCAGAACCCGAUUCGCUGGGCACACGAGUUGGUGAUGUUGUUCCAGUUCACGUGUAGCUACAGCGUUCUGGGCCACUCUGAGGAGUCCACACUGAACACCUACCAGUUUGUGAGUUGCUAUAGCGACAUCAAGCCUUCAACCAUUGCCCCGGUAAUCACCACUACCAACAGUACAACAACAACAGUCACUACGAGACCAGCCCCAACAGCGGUGACAGCCUCAAAUGUUACAAAUGUGCCCCCUUAGUGCACUUCAUGCAGGCUUGACAUUAAUUAAAGUGUGUUCUAGAAAAAACGGGCUUAAUGCAUCUGCAUAAAGUAUCGUCCCAGAUAAGCCUGGACGAGACUUUCCGCCUUAACUGAAUUUUUGUUUAAAAGAGACUUGUUUUAAAAGAAAAUUCCAUAAAAGCGGAAAGUUCUGUCCCUGAUUAGCCUGUUCAGUCCCUGAUUAGCCUGUUUGGACUGCACAAGCUUAUCUGGGACGACACUUUACUCACAUGCAUUAAUUCCAGUUUUCACAGAACGCGGCUCAAUUGGUCAAAAUUAAACCUCUUGCUUUUAGAUUUUUUUAAAUGUAUAUGUCAAAAUUAGCGUUGUGUGGGAAGAAGAACAUCUUAUGUUUAGUUAUGAAAAUACUUGUAGCAAUAUUUCUUAACAUUUAGACAUCAUGUUACAUGGGUGAAAACCAAAGAUAUAAUCAAAUAAAAAAUUUAUUUUUCAAA